AUGACCCAUCAGCAGAAGUAUGUAAAAGAACUUAUCAAGAGAUUCUCCAUGAAAGAAACAAAAGAAAUAAGCACUCCAAUUGUCACUGCUACAAAGCUUGAUUUGGAUGAAACAAGUUCUGAUGUGGAGCAAAAUAUGUACAGAGGGACGAUAGGGUCAUUGCUAUAUCUUACAACAAGCAGGCCUGAUAUUGUGUUUAGUGUAGGAUUAUCUACUAGAUUUCAAUCUACUCCUAAGAAGUCUCAAGGAGUCUCAUCAACCGUAAAAAGGAUCUUUAGAUAUCUCAAAGGAACCAGUGAUCUUGGUUUAUGGUACCUAAAAGGUAGUAAUUUCAACUUGGUUGGAUAUUCUGAUGCUGACUAUGCAGAAUAUUUGGUUGACAGGAAGAGCACUACAGGCAUGACACAUUUCCUUGGAUCAUGUUUAAUUACCUGGUCCACUAAGAAGCGAAAUUCAAUAGCCUUGUCUACUGCUGAAGCUGAAUAUGUUGUUGCAGGAUCUUGUUGUGCUUAA